AUGCACAACCAAUUUAAGAUCAAAGAUCUUGGCAAUCUAAAGUACUUCCUUGGCUUAGAAAUAUCAAGAUCAGAAAAAGGAAUUCAUUUGAGUCAAAGGAAGUACACUCUUGAAAUUUUAGAGGAUGCUGGUAUGCUCGGAUGCAAGCCUAUCAACACACCAAUGGAAUUGAAUCAUAAACUUUCUCAUUUGGCGGCAGAUCCUCUCAUUGACAUUACAGGUUAUAGAAGGUUGGUUGGAAGGCUGAUUUAUUUGUCCAUUACAAGACUGGAUAUCACAUACUCAGUUAACAUCUUGAGUCAAUUCAUGGAUUGCCCUUCACAGAUCCAUCAGCAAGCUGCACAUCUAGUCUUGAGAUACCUCAAGGGAUCCAUAGGCCAAGGCCUCCUAUAUUCUUCCAAGUCUGCACCAUUCCUCAGGGCAUUUAGUGACUCAAAUUGGGCAGCUUGCCCUGAGACACGAAGAUCUACUACUGGUUUUUACAUCUUCUUAGGAGAUUCUUUAAUUAGCUGGAAAUCAAAGAAGCAAACCACCAUAUCUAGGUCCUCUGCCGAAACUGAAUACCGUGCAUUAGCUAACACCAGUUGUGAGAUUAUAUGGCUGAAAAAUCUGUUGCAAGAUUUUAAUACCAGCCAUCCGAGACCUGCCCUCCUAUAUUGUAAUAAUCAAGCAGCCAUACACCUCACCAAAAACUCAAUGUUCCUGAAAGAACAAAGCACAUUGAGCUGGACUGUCAUCUUGUUAGAGAGAAAGUGCUUACUGGAAUCAUUACACCAGUACACGUGA